UUUACAACCAAAUGGACCGGUAAUGUGUGGUUAACUGUUUAAAAAUGAAAGUGAUCAUUUUGAUGUGAACACAACAACACUAUUUACUUAAUACACCGAUUAUUACACAACUAAACGUGAUUUCGUAAUAGAAAUAAGUGAACAAAAAAGUUAUCAACACUUUGUAGUGUCAUAACAGAGUCUAAUCAUUAUAUUAAUAAAAACCACACAAAAAACUAUUGAAUCGAAAGAAGAAAUAAUGUUUUUUAUAACUGCUUUUGUUUUGACGCUAAUUGUAUGGUUGGGAUUGGCGUCAGUCGGACACGACUUCUGGAUCCAUAGGAAAUACAUCGAGAAAUUGAUGAAACUCUUUGAAUACGGCCGCAAACGAGUGGUUAUUGUUGAGCACAAGAUUAAGGAAAGGCAGAGGAAAUUGAGCCGAAUUAGAGAAGAAGCGUUUGUGGACACCGACGACGACGAGGCCGAAGAUGUCUUCGACACUUUCGCCCAUAAAUCAGGAGAAGAAGGAGUUCCACGUGGCAAUGACCAAAACUUGUUGAUUGAAUUAUUGACAGCAAAUGGUGGCAAAAACGGCGAUGUGUUUGAACACAGACGCCAUCGCACUAUGAGUUUGAGUAUCAAUCAGGAGAAGAAGGAGUUCCACGUGGCGGACAUCACUGAAUUCGUACGGCUGGGCAUCACUGCCAUCGUCGACGACGAAGUGACCAAACGGUUCGCCGCCGAAGAGCUCAAGACGUGGAAUCUGUUGACCCGAACCGACAAGUUUUAUCACUACAACUCAUUACGUUUGGCCAUCAUUUGGUGGAACGGCUUCCUCUUCCGCUAUCUACUCCUGUUUCCCAUCCGUUUUGCCAUUACGUUGAUAGGCGUGGGUUGGCUCGUGCUGUGCACGGGUGCGGUGGCAGUGGUGCCCGACGGACGGCUCAAACGCUUUCUCUACCACUUCGUGAGUGUCAUGUGUUUUAGGAUUUUGUCGCGCGGUUUCUCCGGACUCAUCACUUUCCACAACACCGAGAAUCGGGCCAAACCGGGCGGCCUCUGUGUGGCCAACCACACGAGUCCCAUCGAUGUGGUCAUUCUUCACUGCGACAACGCCUACGCUCUCGUCGGCCAAUCGCACGGCGGCUUUCUCGGCGUCCUUCAGCGAGCGCUGGCCAGAGCUACUCAUCACAUGUGGUUCGACAGGUCGGAGAUGAGCGACAGAGCCGAGGUGUCUCGACGCCUGGCCGAGCACGUGGCCCAUCCCGAUAAGCUGCCAAUACUGAUCUUCCCGGAGGGCACGUGUAUUAACAACACAUCGGUGAUGAUGUUCAAGAAGGGCGGCUUCGAGGUCGGCGGCACGAUAUACCCGGCGGCCAUCAAAUACGACGCCCGCUUUGGCGACCCCUUCUGGAACUCGAGUAAAUACGGUUACAUGAAGUACCUGUUAAUGAUGAUGACCUCGUGGGCCAUCGUGUGCGACGUCUGGUAUCUGCCGCCGAUGACCAGACAGCCCGACGAGUCGUCCAUCGACUUCGCACAGCGGGUGAAGGCUGUGAUCGCCGCCAAAGGAGGUCUCGUCGAUCUGGAGAUUGACGGCGCGCUCAAGAGGUCUGCGGUGAAGCCCGAGUGGAGGGCCCGACAGCAGCUUAACUAUAGCCGUAGGAUUAAUGUGGAGUCAACUAAUGGAUGAAUGAUACAAAUUGGUUGUGAUUUUUAUGACAUUUAUAGUUAAUUCAGUUUUAAUUCAUAUGUUUUUACUUUUUGGUCGUAAUUCACGUGUAAUUCAAAUGAAUUUGAUUUUGAAUUUGCCUC